GUUACCAAUCGUUGAGGUCCCUCAGUACAUCGUUUUGAUGGUACAUCGGAAUGAAUAUACCGGAUCGUUGGGGAUGUUGCUUACCGUUUUUGAUUCGUUCUUGGGAUGAGCAGAUGGGCCUCAAGUCCCCAAUCAUUCAGGAGUUGUCCGUGCAGGAGCAAGCGUCUUUGUGCCAGAUGGUAGGAUCAAUCCAUUUUGAGAGCAGUAACCGCACAAAAGCACAGAGCACAGCACACCAUCCUUGCAAGCACGUUCUUUCAGGAUAUGUUCCCUAGGGCUCCAACUACUCCCGCAGAAGCCUAUAGCAUUUUUUGGCCAUUCUUCUCAGGAGGUGAUAAGAGCCUUAUCCAGGGUUAGUUCUUAUGAGUUGAUUCAACGACUUGACAAUUUGCGCCCUCUUUCAGAUCUUUGCAGUGCAUUGUUUCAAUCUGCUGCCGCAGCCCUUGGCCCGUUGCACCCAUCCUGGCCCGUCCACCUUCCCGUGCCGCUUCCCGCCAUGGUGGAGGAGGCCGGCUUCGGGCGGGCUGAGAUGAAUAGCGAGAAGUUGGCUGGAACGGUGAAGGGCUUUCAGCGACAUAUUUUUCUCACCUGGGGCUUAGCAACUGAAUGGCCUGAAGAUCCCUUCGAGAAGCAGUACAAGGGGACACUUCCGGUGGCUUUGGAUGAAGCGGUUGAAAAGGUUAAGAAGGAGAUCAAAGGCAAGGUGCGGAUCACCUUGGUGGAGCGGUCCGAAGGUGCCCAGGAUGGCCUGGUGCUCUUGUACCCCGAGGCAGUGGAGUUCGAUGUGGGCGCGGAUGGUGCCCAGAUUCCGCAGCUCCUCGCCUUCCUGCGGCAAGGAGGCUCCUUGGGUCGCGACAUUGAAGACACCAUGCUCUUCGUGUGUGCGCAUGCCAAGCGCGAUGCCCGCUGCGGCUUUUGCGGGCCGGAACUGACCGCCAAGGCGGAAGAGCUUCUGAAGCUCAACGAGGUGCCAGCGAUGCGGAUACGCAAGUGCUCGCAUGUGGGCGGCCACAAAUAUGCGGGCAACGUCUUGGUCUACGGCAGAGACACAAGCCAUUGGUAUGGGUACGUAACACCUUGGAACCUCAAAGGCGUUCUUUUAGGGCGUCAGCUCCGGAGCCGGCUUUGGCGCGGCCGCUUGGGCAUCACUGAGCAAGAGGCGAUCCAGGAGAGACGCAACCAGGUCCUACGAGAUCUUCUGCCAGCCGCAGCGCUCACGGCCGCGCUGUUGGCCUUCGGUUAUGGCUGGUACCGGCGGAGGAACUGACAUUUUUGCAUG